CGCAUGUAGUACCAGUGUACUUCUCAGUAAUAAACCAUUACCAUACCAUCGGAUAAUUUAACCAAUUUCAAUCUGUAUACUGAUUGUCGGUUAAGACCGCACCCGGCGCCUUUUAGUCGACAAUAUCAUUUAUACAUAACUACUUGUUCGGUAACGUUUAGGUCAAUUCUUAAGUUCGUUAAUUUUUAGUCAAACCGAUAAUGUACGAAAAUAUUUAUUGAGAAGUAUUUUUAUCAUCAAGAAUAUUUAAUUAUACAUUUCUAUUAUUAAUGUCGCAUUUAAAUGAGUUUCAUUUUAGAUAUUUUUAAUUUGUUAUUAACUUAUUGUACCGAAUAAAAUUUUAUUGUCGAGAGUGAUUAACGAAUUUUUAUAUUUUAAAAGUUCACUCAAGAAAUUUUUAUAGACUCAACAUGGAUGCUGGUUUUAAAAAGGAGCGUCCUCCUCAUCCAAGAUCUAAAGCUAACUUUCUCGAAGUUUUAACCUUCAGUUGGACAUUAAAUUUGUUCAAUGAAGGCAAAAAAAGAGAUUUGGAAGUUGAAGAUUUAUACAAAACUUUAGAUGUACAUAAAUCUGCAUAUCUGGGAAAUAAAUUAGACAAGGUUUGGCUGAUAGAAUUAGCGAAUGCAAAAUUAAAAAAUCGUAAACCUAGUUUAUUAAGAGCUUUAGCCAGUAUGUUUGGAGUUCGAUUGCUAUUUCUAGGUAUCUUUCUUGCAAUUGUAGAAAUCGGAAUGAGAAUGGUUCAUCCAAUAUUCAUCGGAGGACUGUUAGCAUAUUUUAGACCAUACAAUUACGGGAACACUGAUGUAAGAAUUACAUUAUACUACGCUGCUGGUUUGGUAGUAUGCAUGUUUUUUACUGUUAUGACAUAUCAUUCAAUUCAAAUUGAGAUUAUUCAUACUGGGAUGAAGAUGCGUGUGGCAUGUUGUGCAUCGGUUUAUUACAAGGCACUUCGCUUAAGUAAAACUGCUCUUGGAGAAACAACAGUUGGUCAAGUUGUUAAUUUACUAUCAAAUGACGUGAAUCGUUUUGACAUAGCAAUCAUAUUUAUUCAUUACUUAUGGAUUGGACCACUACAAACUAUUCUUGUAUUAUACUUCCUUUGGCAAGAAGUUGGCCCAUCUUCAGUUGUUGGUGUUGCUAUACUAUUAUUGUUUAUUCCAUUACAAGGUUGGUUGGGUAAAAAGACAUCUGAAUUCCGUAUGAAGACAGCCAUAAGAACAGAUGAACGUGUACGCCUGAUGAAUGAAAUUAUAAGUGGUAUACAAGUAAUAAAAAUGUACACAUGGGAAAAGCCUUUUGCGUACCUGGUUCAAUAUGCAAGGAAGAAGGAAGUACAACAAAUAAAAGGGGCUUCAUUUAUCAGAGCCAUACUCCUCUCAUUUAUGGUAUUUCAUACUAGAAUAGCUCUCUUUGCCAGUAUACUUAGUUAUGUAAUACUUGGAAAUUAUAUUGAUGCUCAAAAAGUGUUUGUAAUAACAUCAUACUACAAUAUAUUAAGAACAACCAUGACAGUCUUCUUUCCACAAGGAAUUGGUCAAGUAGCUGAAGUUUUGAUUUCAGUAAAACGCCUUCAGAAUUUUCUAAUGUAUGAAGAAAAAAAUAAUCAAGUAGCUAAUCUAUCAAAAGCUAACAAAGCAGCAUCAAAUGGAGCUCGAAAACCUAUUGUUGUAAAUGGAAAAAGUAAUGGAACACAACCUAGUACAAUGGAGUUAGGUAUUGUUAUAAGCAACGUUACAGCAAAAUGGACUGAUGCUCAAAUUGAAAAUUCUUUGGAAAAAAUUAAUUUGACCGUUGUACCUGGAAGAUUAGUUGCCAUAAUUGGUCCUGUUGGAUCAGGAAAAAGCUCUUUGUUUCAAGCAAUAUUACGAGAAUUGCCACUUUCUGAAGGAAAUAUAUCUGUAAAUGGUGUUAUGUCAUAUGCAUCUCAGGAGCCAUGGCUAUUUGCUGGUUCUGUACAACAAAAUAUUUUAUUUGGCUCACCUAUGAAUGAAGAACGAUAUAAAAAAGUAAUUAAAGUGUGUGCAUUAAAAAAAGAUUUUGAACAAUUUCCUUAUGGUGAUAGAACAAUUGUAGGCGAAAGAGGUGUAUCUCUUAGUGGCGGACAAAGAGCUAGAAUAAAUUUAGCUAGAGCUGUUUAUAAAGAAGCUGAUAUUUACUUGAUGGAUGAUCCAUUAUCAGCUGUUGAUACUCAUGUUGGAAAACAUUUAUUUGACAAGUGUAUUAAAGGGUUUUUAAAAGAAAAAACAUGUGUCCUAAUAACCCAUCAGCUACAAUACUUAAAUAGUGUUGAUCAGAUUAUAUUAAUGCAAAAUGGAAAUGUACUAAGAGAAGGAUCAUAUAAUGAUCUCUUAAACUCUGGUUUGGAUUUCACUAAUCUACUCCAUGCUUCUGAAACUUCUGUUGAAGCUGAAGUACUUACUGAUUGCAAAUCUGAUUCAACUAGCCGUUCAAAGAAUAGACAAAAUUCAAAUUUGUCACGACAAAUGUCUGUUCAAAGUGUUGCAUCAUCAGUAGAUGAUAGUAAAAAUAAAAAAGAAGAAGCUCAACCUAUUGAAGUAGAUGAGACUAGAUCAUAUGGAAAUGUGUCUUUAGAUAUCUACUCAUCAUAUUUUUCAGCUGGCGGAAGUUGUCUAAAAGUUACGUUUUUACUUUCAAUGUGUGUGUUAACACAAAUUUUAGCUUCUGGUGGAGAUUAUUGGAUUACUUAUUGGGUCAACUUAGAAGAAAAUGUUUUCCAAAAGCAGUCUUAUAAUAGUUCAAUGAAUACAAAUGUUAUUGUAUCUGAAAAUGAUUCUAUCUUUAGUUGGUUCACAACUCGCAAUGGUUGUAUAAUCGUAUUUUCUGUUAUCACCUUUGCCAUGAUUGUGGCUGCUCUUAUUCGAUCUAUCACAUUUGUUGCUGUUUGUAUGAAGGCAUCAAUGAAUUUACAUAAUAAAAUGUUCAAUUGUAUUACCAGAGCGACCAUGUAUUUUUUCAAUACAAAUUCGUCAGGUCGAAUUCUGAAUCGUUUUUCAAAAGAUAUGGGUGCUAUUGAUGAAUUACUACCAGCUGCAUUAAUAGACUGUAUUCAAAUUGGCUUAACUCUACUUGGUAUUAUUGUGGUUGUUGCUAUUGUUAAUAUUUACUUAAUGAUACCUACAAUCAUUGUGGCUAUUAUAUUUUACAAAUUGAGAGUUUAUUAUUUAUCAACAUCCAGAAGUGUUAAAAGAUUAGAAGGAGUCACUAGAAGUCCAGUGUUUGCUCAUUUAAACGCUACACUUCAAGGAUUAACAACCAUCCGUGCAUUUGGAGCUGAACAAAUAUUAUCAAAGGAAUUUGACAAUCACCAAGACUUACAUUCUUCAGCUUGGUUUUUAUUUAUUACAUCAAGUAGAGCUUUUGGAUUUUGGUUGGACGUGGUUUGUCUUUUUUAUAUAAGUAUUGUAACAUUCAGUUUCUUAACUUUUGCAAGCCAUAUUUAUGGAGGUAAUGUUGGUCUUGCUAUAACGCAAGCUAUUGGAUUAACAGGUAUGUUUCAGUGGGGUAUGAGGCAAUCUGCAGAAUUAGAAAAUCAAAUGACAUCGGUUGAAAGAGUACUUGAAUAUACAAAUGCUCCACAAGAAUCUGCAUUAGAAUCAACUCCAGAUAAAAAACCACCUAAGGAUUGGCCAGCAAAAGGAAGAGUAACUUUUAAAAAAUUGUAUCUUCGUUAUGGUCCAGAUACUCAACAUGUUCUUAAAGAUCUCAACAUUAAUAUUGAACCCUCAGAAAAAGUCGGAAUUGUUGGAAGAACUGGUGCUGGUAAAUCAUCAUUAAUUGGAGCAUUGUUCAGAUUAGCAAUUAAUGAAGGAUAUAUUAUUAUUGACAAUAUAGACAUACAUAGUUUAGGGUUACAUGAAUUACGUUCUAAAAUAUCAAUUAUUCCUCAAGAACCAGUUUUAUUUUCUGGUACAAUGAGGAAAAAUUUGGAUCCAUUUGAUGAAUUUUCUGAUCAUGCUCUUUGGGAAGCAUUAGAAGAAGUUGAACUCAAAGAUCCUGUUGAAGAUUUACCUGGAGGUUUAAAUGCUAAAAUGUCUGAAGGAGGUUCUAAUUUUAGUGUUGGACAGAGACAACUUGUUUGUCUGGCUAGAGCCAUUAUUAGAAAUAAUAAGAUUUUGGUAUUAGAUGAAGCUACUGCUAAUGUUGAUCCGCAAACUGAUGCAUUAAUUCAAAAUACUAUUAGAACUAAAUUUUCAAAUUGCACUGUUUUGACAAUUGCUCACCGUUUAAAUACUGUGAUGGAUUCAGACAAGAUACUAGUUAUGGAUGCUGGUAAUAUGGUUGAGUUUGAUUAUCCCCAUAUUCUUUUACAAAACAAACAUGGUUUUCUUUUUAAAAUGGUUGAAGAAACUGGACCUAGUACUGCUGAGUUGUUGUGUAAUAUUGCUGAGGAGAGCUACAAAAAGAAACUUGCUACUAGAGAAUCUCCUAUCAAACUAAUUGAUGAAGAUACUGAAGAAAAUACAAAAAAAGACAAAUAAAUAUUUAAUUCCUAUGUGUAAAUAAAGUGAUAUUCACUUAGUGCUUUUAUUUAUAGUUGAUAAAUUAUAAAAUUCUGUGUAGAAUCAUAAAUUCCAAAAACUUUUUUAUCCAAUAACCAAUUUUUUCUACUGAAAAAAUUGAAAUUCAUAUGAUUUAUAAAUCAAAUAUGUACUUAUAUAGUCAAGUAAAUAGAACUUAUGUUUACUAUUUGUGUGCCUUAUUAUACUGUAGCUAUUAAUUAUGUUUGUUUAAAGUAUUUUGUAUACAAUAAAGAUAAAAAUAGUUAUUUAAUUUUAA